ACACAUGUCCAGAAGACAAUAACAUAACUGUUUUCCUCAGACUCAGACCUUAUUCUAGCCUAUUAUUCCAAAAGAGAACAAUGAGCGUAGCGGUAGUGAACAGCUUCACCAUAACCGAGUUCGUAAAUGACAAGGCUAAGUUUGAUGGUUUCGUGAACGAAUGGUUUGCGAGGAUAGAUGAGAAUGGCGAUGGGAAGCUUUCGCGUGACAAAAUCCGAGGGAGGUUAGGGAUGCUUCUGCCUUUCGGUUCGGAAUCGCCGCCGCAGCAAGAGAACGAAGAGAUAUUCAAGAGGUUCGAUGAAGAUGGGAAUGGUGCACUUGAUCUGAAUGAGUUCAAGGCCUUAAUGACUGAGAUUAUGAAUGCCGCUGCUCGUAGCAUUGGUGGUUCUCCCGUCAUUGUUGUUCUUGGAAAAGAUAGCUUGCUCAUGAAGGCUGUUCAACAUGAAUUGGCAACACCGUCUUCUCAUUCUUAGUCUUUUUUUUUAAUCUGGUUCUUUUACUUAGAUUUCUUCCUGUUAUUUUUUGUACGUUUUAUUGCAUUUGCUAUGGCUAUACACCUAUAAACAAUUGAAUUGUUGUCGAGGGAGUUUAUUUGAUUUGGGUCUUGCAAA